GAUACCCCGAACCUCUUCACAUAAACCCUACAUACACCUGUUAAAUAAAACUAGUGUAAUCAAAGUGUGUGAUUCAAACUGAAUUUCCUUUAUAUAAAACGGAUUUUUUUUUAAAACGGCUUUUGAUGAUCAAAUCACAGGAAAAUUCACCAUAUUUGUACAAAAGUCCAGAAAACCGGAAGAUAUUUUCUAAAAAGUCGUAAAAGUAAUGCAGAAGAGACAAGUGUUGACAAGUUAUCAUCUGUAUAACAAAUCAAAAUUAUCAACGAUGGACGGCGAGUCUCUGCUUAACACGACAACUUCCAGGAGUUCAGGAUAUACCAGCAUGACUGUUGGAGGGACUAAACACCGGAAGAAACUUGCGGUGGAAAACCAGUCCAAGAUUGACAAGGAAUUUAGCAAGAAAAGCACUUAUAGACAUAGACCGUCUGUCAAAGUUGUGGUAACAAAAUGGGUCUCAACCGGCAUCCUUGGUGCACUCCUCCUCGCCUGUGUUACUGACAGUAAAAUAUCUAUUAUAGCCCUAUCUAACAGAAUGAACUAUAACAUAAAAGACGAGAAGUAUGAAGAUGCUUGUAAAGGAUUUGUCAUGCUUCAGUUAUUAGCUGUCAUUCCAAAUGUGAUCAAUUUUAUUAGAGGUGUUUGGGCAGGUGCAUUCCGAAAAGAUUUGCCAUGGCCGAAGAAGAAAGCUAUGAUAGCGGGAUUUUUUGUCAGUUUAAUGGAAUCUCUUGGCAUCUGCCUAUUUAUCUUCAAUAUUCCUGGUUUGACGAGUGCUCAUAACGUUAUCCUGCUCAUGAACUGUGUCUUUAUCGUCCCACUUUUCUCUAUCAUCUAUACUAGCUUUAAAAACAGAAGUCGAUCACUCUGGAAAUGCUUGUUCCUUUUGGCCUUACUCUGUGAAAUAGUAGGUAUCGGACUCACCGGGUACCUUUUGAAAGAUAGUGAAGGAUCUGAAGUGUUCUGGACUGUGCCACUUGCAGUUCUCUUGCUGUCGAUAUCUUGGACUCCGGGUUUGUGGAAUUUUCUGCUAGAGACAGAUGUAAACCACGAGUAUGAGGAGAUCGUAGAGGAAAAUGGUGAAGAAACGUACGUUCUCGAUUACAGUACGACUGGUUCAACAACACCUGGUGCAAGUACAAGUACUGGAUACCAGGGAUCUAGCCAAAACAAUCGUUCUUCUAUGCAUGAAAGUCAUCGGUUAGUGGAGAGACCACCACCUGGCGACAUAGAACCGAGAACGGACAUUCAACAUGAACGGUCAACGUGGAAACUUACAAUAUACAUGUCUUUCCUGAAAAUCAUUUUCACUAUAGGAAUAUCCAUAGCACUUUUAUAUUGGAAACUAAAGGCACCAGAAAACAAGUCUUUGACAGACAGCUAUUUCUCAGGAUGGAACUGGGCGGGCACCUCGCAGCAAGAAGUGUACUUUUUUGUGGCAAACAUGGUAUCAAGUGUGAUAGGGUACAUGAUCGGAUACAUCGCGUGCACGACAUGUAUGCAGAGGUGGGCGUUCUCUGUGCCACUCGUUUUAACCACGCCCCUUUCUAUGAUUCUACUCAUAGUGAAAGAUAGUUGUGAAGGUUUAUUAAUAGCAACAAGUUGUGAAACAGAUUCCAGCAAUGGAAUAUUCCUCCUUAUAGCGGCCGGAUGUCUCGUGUUGGCACAGGCGUUAUCUACGGGAUGGUUGCUCUUUAGAAGUCAGUCAUUAGUUAUGCUGAAGGAAGAUCAGCUAUUCUGGGUACCUAUGUAUAACUCGGCGCUGCUCGAACAAUGGUUUGUAUUGAUGAGAAGAAAUGAACAUAGUGAUGUAGAUUUUGAGGAUCCUGUCGAGAAAGCUAAACGAUCGAAAGUUAUAAUAUGUACCACCAUGUACAGAGAGGCUGACUAUGAAAUGAGGCAGCUCUUAGAAUCUAUACAAGGUAUCAACUUGGCACAAAGCAGUGGCGGCAGACAUUUUGAAUCCCACGUGUUCUUUGAUGGUGCCGUCAAAGACAAGAACCCGACAGACUUCGUAUUGCAGCUUGUGUCAUUAGUAGAAACGACAUUAGAUGUAAAAGCUGAGGCUUGCAGCAAGACAUUGACACCCUAUGGGAUGACGUUAACGUGGAGGUUAAAAGCUGAUCCAGGUCAAACUGGAAUGAUUUUCAAGAUUCACCUGAAAGAUAAUUUUAAAGUAAAGAAUAAAAAGAGGUGGAGCCAAGUUAUGUACAUGUCCUAUGUUUUGGACUUUCUUAUGGGUCAAAUGGAUGAUGCGACUGACGAAGAAUCAUAUAUACUAACAACUGACGCUGAUGUUAGAUUCACACCUGAUUCUGUGGAGGCGUUACUCGACUUAAUGACACGUGACCGUAGUGUAGGCGCGGUGUGUGCAAGGACACACCCACUAGGAAGCGGUCCUCUAGUCUGGUAUCAAGUUUUCGAGUAUGCUAUUGGUCAUUGGUUUCAAAAGGCAGCGGAACACGUGCUCGGGUCAGUGCUGUGUUCACCGGGAUGUUUCAGUGUUUACAGAUGUAAGGCAGUGAAGGAUAUCCUACCUCAAUAUGCUUCUAACGUAGAACACGCCUUCGACUUUCUCACCAAAGAUAUGGGUGAAGAUAGAUGGUUCUGUACGCUGAUGGUUCAGAGCGGAUGGCGGAUAGAAUAUUGUGCCGCGUCAGAAAAUAGUACCCAUUGUCCUGAAGAGUUUGACGAGUUCUUCAAGCAAAGGCGACGUUGGGUCGCAUCAACUAUAGCUAAUCUAAUGCUUUUAGUCAAAGAAUGGCAUAUCAUUGCAAAACUAAAUCACCGUGUCUCAUUUGUAUUUUUGAUAUAUCAAGCUAUAUUGUUGUUUGCCACACUGAUAGGACCAAGUUCUGUCAUUUUAGUAGUCUCAGGUGGUUUGAAGUAUGGCUGGAACUGGGGUUCUCUUACCUCUCUUCUUGUACAACUUUUCAUGUGUGUUGGUUUCACUUUGGUUUGUCUGUUCACUUCAUCAAAUACACAGCUGAACGUUGCUAAGCUACUGACUUUUUUCUACGCUGUUAUAAUGACGGUAGUGGUGGUAGGAACUGCUGUACAGAUAUCUUCUGAUUUUGACGGGAGUGAAACAGCCAAAGAUAAUUGUACGCUUGCUUUCAUCAUGGGGUAUGUAUAUAAUGUAAUAUCACUGAUAGAUCAUGGGGUAUGUAUAUCAUGUAAUAUCACUGAUAGAUCAUGGGGAACGCGAGAAAUAAAGACACAUUCUGUGCUGUCACAGAACCAAAACUGGCAAGAAACUUUGAAGAAAGCUUUCAAGUCGUUUUUCUUUUGCUGUUUCUCUAAGCCUGCCGAUUCUAAAUCAAUUGCGAUUCAAACAGAGACUGUACAAAAAGGUCGCGGGUCAAGGACAUCGUCAAUGUGCGAAGGUCAAAGUCAAGAUGUCACCGUCUAUGAUUCCUCUGUAAAUUCUACGGAUGAAAUCAUCAGAACCGUAAGCACGGAUAUUAACAACCUCGGAAUAAUAGAAGAGGAAGUUGGCGAAAGAACAUUCCGAUCGUCUAUAUAUGCAAAAGAGACUGAUGCCGAUGAAGAAGACGAACUGGAUAGCGAAACAAUUAUGGAUGUCAAAGAUUGGCUUCCACAAGAUAUGAAACAAUUCGCCAGAAAUUUUAUUGAUAAUGGAUUUGAGAAUACAAUGUUGAUUUCCGGUAUGACAGAAAAGGAAUUAAAAGACAUCGGGAUUAAAAGAAAGGGCAUGAAGAAAUAUAUAUUAGAGGAAAUCAGAAAGUUGCCCGACUAUGAUAUACAAGCAGAAGUACCGACAAACGUUGAAGAAUGGUUACAAAUUAUUGGUUUGGAGAAAUAUAAAGGUCAGUUUAUAAAAGAGCAAAUCAAAACACCAAAGGACAUGGAGGUUCUUAAAUCAUUUGGGAGAAAUGAGAUAGAAAAAGAACUGAAAAUAACAAAAACAGGACAUAUCAAACGACUUAUGUAUGCUAUAAGGAAACUCAGAAAUCCUACAGAGAGUGAGUUAAAGAUUAUGGAAGUAAGGAAAGCUUUGAUGGUACCGAAGGCCCACAUGCUGAAAACAGUGAAUGCUGAGGAGUACGAAUUCUGGAAUGAAUUGAAGAACCUAUGUCUGAUGCCGCAGUCCACAGCGUUCGGACUGGAAGAUGAUCUUAAAGCUAAGUUAGGAGGUUUGAGGAACGCCUGGUUGAUGAUUUUUGCAGUUGCUAAUACACUUUGGAUGAUACUGAUUUACACAUUAGCUGAUAAAGGCAAAAUCCUCAGUGUGUUCGGUAGUAAUCCAAUUGGGCUUGUUGUACUCGUGCUUUUCGGGCUUGUCCUAAUCAUUCAGUUCUUUGCAAUGAUUGUACAUCGUAUAUCAACACUGACACACUUCUUGGGCAGAGCCCCGUACAGGAUCGGUGAUACAUUUAACACAACCUGGGCAUUCAAUGACAAAGACAUCAAAAUGUCAGAAGAUGAGCGGGCUGCUGUAAGAAAUCUAGACUAUACAAAAAGACAAGCAUAUGACAGACUGCGACCUAAACAUGCCAGAAGAAGAGAGAAAACAGACGAACGUAAACCAUUACUCGAAACACAUGAACAAGUUUAAUAUAGAAAUACCAUUAUAAAAUUAUAAAGUUAAAAGUCAUUGUAUUUCAGUAUUAAUUCGAAAUGAGAACUUUUUAUAUGUACAACAUGGCACUGUGUCAUGCAGUUUUGAUUUCAUCAUGAACUUUAAUGACAAUGUCGAAACAACAACAAGUGCAGUGUACAGAUGGGCUGGCUAUCUUACUUUAUGUUUCUGUCAGCACAUAAAGUAAAGUAAAUAUGUCUUUAUCAGCCAGAUAAUCAUAGAUAGUUAUACAAUUAUACACUGCUUUAGGGAAAAUAUUGUGAA